AGGGAUUUAAUUAAAUUUUUCCUGCAGGGAACAUUGUAUUCCAAGUGCUCAGCUGGGAUUUCUCUAAUCCCAUCAAGAUCCCGGGAGUUUCACACCUGGCGGGAUCAGUACAUUCCUCUGCCUGUUACUCAUUCACCUGCCUGUGCUGAGACUCAGGACAAAAAGCAAAGGUGUCCGAGACCUGCCCAACACACGGGAUCCCUGAUUGCGCAGAAAUCUCAUGGUCUGUGGGCAGAUCUGCAGUGAAACUCUAAUCAGAAGCCUGUGCAAGAGCAGAGGAAACACAAGCUCUCCUGAGCUAAUAGGUUACCUUCUUUACUACCUGAGAAAUCAUCUGUAGCAAGAGGAAGCCCCUGAAUUGUCUGGUCUGUGGAUAAUUGGCCAAUCAGAUUAGUGAGAUUAGUAAGGGCUCGAUUCAUAUCAACAAACUCAGAUGGACAAACAAGUGAGCGGACAAGACAAUCCUACAUUUGAGAUUGAAGAUGUCAAUCACUAUCACAUUAUGUCCUCGUUCGACGCCAAAAUCCCAGAAAAGGGGGUGCAAAAAAGAGAGGGUGCCAUCGACAAUGACCGGAAUAAACUGGCCUACUCCGUCACCGAUGUGCCCCCCUGGUACCUCUGCAUCUUUCUGGGAAUUCAGCACUACCUGACUGCCCUGGGGGGUAUCGUCGCCAUCCCCCUCAUCCUGUCCAAAGAGCUGUGUCUGACCCACGACCCCCUGACCCAGAGCCUUCUCAUCAGCACCAUCUUCUUUGUAUCCGGCAUCUGCACCCUCCUGCAGGUUCUCUUCGGCGUCAGGUUGCCGAUCCUACAAGGCGGAACAUUUGCCUUUCUGACUCCCACCUUGGCCAUGUUGUCGCUUCCCAAAUGGAAAUGCCCAGAAUGGACCCAAAACGUUAGUUUGGCCAACGCCUCGUCCCCCUUAUUUGUGGAGGUGUGGCAGUCCCGCAUACGGGAGGUCCAAGGCGCCAUCAUGGUAGCUUCCCUUUUCCAGAUAAUUGUAGGAUUUUCGGGGCUGAUUGGGUUUCUCAUGAAGUUCAUCGGACCUUUAACGAUUGCCCCCACGAUCACCCUCAUUGCGUUGCCUCUGUUUGAGUCGGCGGGGCGGGAUGCUGGGACCCAUUGGGGCAUCUCUGCCAUGACAACAUUUUUCAUAGUUUUAUUCUCCCAGUAUAUGAGGAACGUCCCUCUGCCCGUCCCAGUGUACUCAAGAGCCGAGAGGAAGUUUACCUAUUCCAGACUUUAUCUCUUCCAGAUAUUCCCAGUUCUCCUUGGGAUCUCCAUCUCCUGGAUCAUCUGCUUCAUCUUGACGCUCACCAACGUCUUGCCAAAUAAACCGGAGAGCUAUGGUUAUUUCGCACGGACGGACAUUAAAGGGAUGGUUUUAGAUGAAGCUCCUUGGUUCCGCGUUCCCUACCCAGGCCAGUGGGGGCUUCCGACCAUCAGCCUGGCUGGAGUGUUUGGAAUUUUGGCUGGUGUUAUAUCCUCCAUGGUGGAGUCUGUUGGAGAUUAUCACGCAUGUGCCCGACUCUCUGGGGCCCCUCCUCCUCCUAAACACGCCAUAAAUAGAGGCAUAGGGAUAGAAGGGAUUGGCUGCCUCCUGGCUGGGGCCUGGGGGACAGGGAACGGCACCACAUCGUACAGUGAAAACGUGGGAGCUUUGGGAAUCACCAGGGUUGGAAGCCGCAUGGUGAUCAUUGUGGGAGGGGUCCUGAUGCUCCUCAUGGGCAUUUUUGGUAAAAUUGGAGCCUUUUUUGCCACCAUUCCAACGCCGGUGAUCGGGGGAAUGUUUCUGGUGAUGUUCGGGGUCAUAGCAGCCGUGGGAAUUUCCAAUUUGCAGUUUGCAGACAUGAACUCGUCCAGGAACAUAUUUAUUGCAGGAUUCUCUAUUUUUUCGGGGCUCACCAUCCCUAACUGGGUAAACCAGAAUGCAGCCUUAUUGGAAACAGGGAUCACGGAACUAGACCAAGUCAUCCUCGUGCUUCUAACAACGGGCAUGUUUGUGGGGGGAUUCUUAGGCUUUUUUCUGGAUAACACCAUACCAGGAACAAAGGAAGAGCGCGGUUUAAUUGCGUGGAAUGAGGCUCAUGGCGAGACCGAUGACUGUUUAGAUAUCGGGGAAGUUUACGACCUUCCGUUUGGCAUCGGAAGCAAGUGCUGCACCGGGUCCUGGCUCAGAUACAUUCCAUUCUGCCCCAAACCCAGAAAGCGGAGUUUAACAGUCACCCCAGAAAAUGGAGACCUUAAUAACUACACCGAGAGCCGUCACUGAAAGUCUGGGACUUGGAUGUAAAAAGUGGUUCCAUACUGUCACCAGGAGGGGGCGAUAUACUAGUUACCUGAUGAAUUCCUGCCCAAUAACACCUGGCAUUACUAGAAGCCCAUUCAGUCUGGAGAAGAAAUAGGACUGGGGCUCCCCCUACUGGUUGCCACUUGUCACUAACAGUUUCUUGCCCCAUUCUUUUCCUACAAACCUUCUGGUGCAGCUCAUGGGACGAUCCCUCCGCCGGCUUUAUUUUAUGUUGAAAAAAUCAAAUCCCUAGUGUCUGCGGGGCCCCUCAGGUGUCUCAGGGCCCAGAUACAUUCACAGCCCCCUGUAGUUAUUCCCGGGGCUCUAUGUUAUAAUAUAUAUAUAAUAUAUAUAAAAAAAAUGCAUUUGCUUACAUGAAUGAUAUGGGAGCAUUGGGAAUCCUAAUUUGUUUUUUUACAAAGUGUUAAUAUACAGAUAUAUACGAUGCAGAGCAAUUAAAACCCAUUUAAUGAGUUGAA